AUGCAAGGUGUUCUUCAAUUCCAUAACUCAGAGAACGGAGGCUCGUUCCGGCUUCAUCAGAAAAAAAUUACCAAGAGAACAAAAUCCGGGUGCCUGAGCUGUCGCGCUCGCCGCACUAAGUGCGAUGAAUACAAACCAGUCUGCGGGGGCUGCGCACGCAACCAUUUGCUUUGCUCCUGGAAAGGCUCGGCAGAAGUAAGCCAGUCUCCGGAAUCCGCGGAACUCAGAAUGCGGGCCCGCACUAGAACAGUCCUCUCUUCAACGCUCCUCGCCGUUCCAUCACCGAGACAUGCGCUCUCUCUUUGGCCACAACUCGAUGGGAAGCCUUGCGAACAAAGACUCUUUCAACAUUAUGUCGAAAGAUCAUCUCGGAGACUUAUAGUCAGAGAAGCAAUCGACAAUCCUUUCCUCAACUAUGUUCUACCCUUGGCCCAGCAACAGGAUGGGAUUCUCCACAUCUUGUUUGCUAUCAGUGCCUCUCAUAUGUCUUAUGAUGAUCGAAUCCCGCAUAUAACCGCCAUUUCUCACUACGCCAUCGCGCUUCGGGGGAUCAAAUACCUCAUCACGGACCACGGGCGCGGAAUUCGCGAGAGUCCUCUGGAAAUCAUCAUAAUGCUUUUACUUUUGUGUAACUUCGAGGUGAUUGAUGGUAAUACAGCAGGGGCUGUCAUGCAGCACCUGCAACCAUUGUCUGCCCUGUUAGCGAGUCACAUGAGCCUUCUCGACCAAGUCGACCCAAAUUGUGCCUGCUUCAUCACAGAACAGUUCAUGUUCUUCGGGCUUGUAAACCGAUACCUUGGCCUUGGCCCUAUGUCUACCGGGACUGACGAACCCACAGCGAGCCUCUUUUCAGACAACGCCCUGCUUCCCUAUCGAUCAUAUUACCACGGGCGAAGCUCAUGGUGUGCAUACGACCUGUUUGAACUUGUGCCACGGGUUUCUUUAUUUGCUACAAAGGUAGCUCAGUGUUCUCCUCGGCAUCUCGACCCCAACAUCUUGGAUAAUUUCCACGCUAUUGAGGACGCGAUUUUACGAUGGAAUAUUCCCGCGCCGCAUAAUUCCACAAAGUCCCCCGAUAUCGACGAGAUAUCAGCAGCAGUCAUCCAGCAGAUGGCCCUUCUCGUAACUCUCCAGUGCGCUUUGAAUGGCCCGGGGAUCCCACCGCCCAGCAUCCGGAGCCGGAUCGACACCUGUAUUUCCGAAGCCCGGAAUACGUUGCGAUCAUUAUCGCCAGCAAGCACGGCAUGGGCAAUUCUGUUAUGGCCUCUGCUUCAUCUUGGAUCAUGUCUUGUGCACGAAGCAGAGCAAAAUGAGUAUAUUUCAACUGUUUUGCGAAUUGAAAACAAGGCCCGCUGCUGCACCUCUCUACUGGACUUUCUAUCCAGGUUGUGGAGACGGAUGCGUGACGGUGGAGAUAAGUUUUAUGGGCCUUACGGAAUCCGGGAGCUUAUGAACAUCGAAAGAAUUCAACUGAGCUUGGGAUGA